GAAUUCAAGGCGAACAUGUCCGGAACACGCUUAGACCUUUCUAGACUGGGGCAUCAUCUGAACGGCGCUGCGUCUCGAAGGCGGAGUCUAUAUCUGGUUUAUAAAAAGGAGAACGUCUGCUUUUCGUCCUCAGUCAUCCCACGACGCUCAAACAGAAUGGCAUUCAAAAUCCUUGUACUCGCCGCUCUCAUGGCCACGGCCUUCGCCCGCCCUGACCGCGCACCGGCCUACGGGUAUGGCGCUCCUACACCCGCUUACGCCCCCGCCAAGUACGACUUCAACUACGCCGUCAACGACCCACCAUCCGGCAACGACUUCGGCCACCAGGAGUCUCGGGACGGCGACCUCACUCAGGGUUCCUACUACGUCCUCCUUCCCGACGGUCGCCUGCAGAGGGUCACCUACAAUGUCAACGGCGAUUCUGGCUACCUGGCCGAGGUCACCUACGAAGGCGAGGCUCAGUACCCAACACAGCAGCGCGCCUACACACCCGCACCCGUUUACGGUUAAAGAUUGAUCAGCGUAUUUGUAAUUCUUUGAAUUCUUAUUUAUAUUAAUUUUAUUCACACAUUUCAUUUCACCAUAAGUGCCUCGUAGUUGAAAAAAAAAUCAAAAAUUAUAGUUUUAGAUAUAAGAAUUCAACGUCAAGGAACGAAUGAGAAGAUAUUUUUUAUGCAUUUUUUGUAUAUAUAAUUUAUACAAUUUGCAUUUUAUAUAUUUUUAAAUAUAUAUAUGAGAAAGCCAUAA